CCGGCUUUUAGGGAUUCUGAAAGCUGUAGCGUGUGCCCGCUCUACAGCGCGGCUUGGAGGUGAGCGAUGGCGCGGAAGGUGGUUUUGAUCACUGGGGCGAGCAGUGGCGUUGGCCUAGCCCUCUGCAAGCGGUUACUGGAGGAGGACAAUGGGCUUCACCUGUGUUUGGCGUGCAGGAACAUGAGCAAAGCUGACGCUGUUCGCACUGCUCUGCUGGCCUCUUACCCCACCGCCGAGGUCACCACCGUGCAGGUGGAUGUCAGCAACCUGCCAUCGGUGUUCCAGGCCUCCAAGGAGCUCAAGCAAAGGUUUCCGAGAUUAGACUAUGUAUAUCUAAAUGCUGGGAUCAUGCCUAAUCCACAGCUGAAUAUCAAAGCACUUUUCUCUGGCCUCUUUUCAAGAAAAGUGAUUCAUAUGUUCUCCACAGCUGAAGGACUGCUGACCCAGGAUGACAAGGUCACUGCCGACGGGCUCCAGGAGGUGUUUGAAACCAACGUCUUUGGCCACUUUAUCUUGAUUGAGGAACUGGAACCUCUCCUCUGUCACAGUGACAGUCCAUCUCGGCUCAUCUGGACGUCAUCUCGCAAUGCAAAGAAAUCUAAUUUCAGCCUUGAGGACUUCCAGCACAGCAAAGGCCAGGAGCCCUACAGCUCUUCCAAAUAUGCUAUUGACCUUCUGAGUCUAGCUUUGAACAGGAACUUCAACCAGCGGGGUCUGUAUUCCAGUGUGUUGUGCCCAGGUACAAUGUUGACCAAUUUGACGUAUGGAAUUCUACCUCCCUUUAUAUGGACGCUGCUGAUGCCGUUCAUAUUGCUGCUUCGCUUUUUUGCAAGUGCUUUCACUUUAACACCGUACAAUGGAACAGAAGCCAUGGUAUGGCUUUUCCAUCAAAAGCCAGAGUCUCUUGAUCCUUUGGCCAAAUACCUGAGUAGUACCACUGGCUUUGGAAGGAAUUAUGUAAUGACCCAAAAGAUGGACCUAGAUGAAGACACUGCUGAAAAAUUUUACCAAAAGUUACUGGAACUGGAAAAGCACAUUAGGGUCACCAUUCACAAAACAGAUGACCAGAGCUAAGGAUGACACACUCUAAAACGUUGUGGACCUUCUGUGCAUUUCGGAGCACAUGGGUUUCUAUUGAGCUGGAUGAUGUGCAUUUGUGGUAAACUAUGAACUAUAA